CUGUCAAUUGAAGCUGUCAAUUAUUCUGCAUGAUUAAAAAUCCACUUCAUAUGUGCGCUUGUCAACAUACUUGAGUUUUUAUUUUUUAUUUUUUUAUUUUUUUUUUUUAAGGCAUCCAUCACUGACUCUCUGAAAUCAAGAUAAAUACAGUUGGGAAAAUGCCUCGUCCUGGAAGAAACACGUACAGCGACCAGAAGCCACCAUAUUCUUAUAUUUCUCUGACCGCUAUGGCCAUUCAGAGUUGCCCAGAGAAGAUGCUCCCGCUCAAUGAAAUUUACAAGUUCAUCAUGGACAGGUUUCCUUAUUAUCGGGAAAACACGCAGCGAUGGCAUAACUCCCUGCGCCACAACCUUUCCUUCAACGACUGCUUCAUCAAGAUCCCGCGGAGACCGGACCAGCCGGGGAAAGGCAGCUUCUGGGCUCUCCAUCCCAGCUGCGGUGACAUGUUUGAAAACGGGAGCUUCUUGAGGCGCCGAAAAAGAUUCAAAGUCAUGAUCACAUCCGAGCACCUGCAAAAACCCUCAGACGCCGCGCACUACCUCCAGCAACAAGCAAAACUCAGACUGACUGCUAUGGGGACACAUCUACCUCAAACGACCGGGUACAACUUAAGCGUGUCUCAACCAUCUACCUUCAAACACCCAUUUGCCAUUGAAAAUAUCAUUGCAAGAGAUUACAAAAUGCCAGGAAGUCUUGCCUUCUCCACCAUGCAGUCCAUGUCGACGGGUUAUCAGAUGCACAACCAAUUGACCACAGCUUGGCCCCACAUGUACAGCAGUAAUGUGAUGGACACGAUACCCAGCGCUGAGUAUACCGCCUAUGGAGUACCACUCAAAUCAUUAAGCUUACCGGCGAUCCCUGUCCCAAUCAAACCCGCUCCAGCAUUGGUUCCGUCCAUCCCGGGGCUCCAUGCGCACCUUCCAGCUUUUCUCUCCGGCUCUCCACAGUCCUUGAGCCCAACGUCUCCACAGACAGCGACCAGCAGCCCCGCCACACCGAGCCCGACCUCACUGCUCCAUUCGGUCGCCCUUCACUGUCAAGAGGUCACUUAAAACUACCAGAAAAGAGGGAGUUGAAACUUUCCUUACGCAUGCACACUGUUCAGUGGCAACGACAAAUAAGCCAGCAAGACAAGAAAACAGACAUUUGUCUGCUCAGUCUAUCCAUUAGGCUACAGAUCAACAUUGCCAAGAUCUGAGACCGUCAACAUUGAAAUGAAGAAGCUCUAAUGGUGACUUGUUUCAAGUAUCUCAUUUGGUAAAGGACUACAGCAAAAUACGGUGGACCGAAUUAGCUACAUCAUGAAUUUAGGCAACCUCAUUUUAUUAACUUUCAAGAAUAAUCGAGUGAAAUGCACAACGGGCAACGAAAGAAAAAAUGUGUGAACAUGCGUAAAAAGUUUUUUGGGACAGUAUGGCUAAGGUUCACGAUAAGCCUACCCAGAAUUACAAUAAGUUAUUUCUCAUUGUAAAUCAUUUUAUUUCAUAUGAUUCUGGGCUAUGUUUUACCUACUUGGGCUCAAUAAAGGCAAGGUACAGAAGAGGAUAAAUGAGGAUUGCAUGUAAGCACAGACGCUGCAGCGUUUCCACGCACCAGAAACAUAAAAAUGCACUUUUGGUGUGACGUUAUAGAUAACGCGAGAGAUAUUGUUCUGUGAACAAUUCUCAGGCUAAUUAGAAAAUCUGUAUAUACGUUUUCUGGAUAAUGAUGACAUGCUCUGUUGUAUUUGUCACUAUUGCAUGCUGCUUUUCACGCAUAGUUGAAUUAUAUUAUGAACUCAUCAAGCCUCAUUAAAAUAUCAA